AUGGAACCAUCUUUAUCGCAAGGAGUAGGCUAUGGCCUUAUCAUCGGGGGUGGAGCUUUCUUUGCAAUUAUUUUAAACUACGUCACAUUUCUUCAAAACAAAUAUAGUAAUCACAGUGCCAAAAAAGUCGAUGAGUUUGUUUCUGGUAGCAGAUCCAUCGGAUUUGGUCUACUAUUGAGUGGUAUCCUAUCCAACUGGACCUGGAGUUUGACAUUGCUUGAAUCGGCUGUAAAAAGUUACGACCAAGGUAUAAUAGGCUCGUACAUGUACGCACUCGGGGGGAUACUUCAAAUAAGUGUCUUUUCAAUCGUUUCUUCAAAGAUCAAAACCAAUGCAAAUCUCGUCACCACGUUCCCGGAAAUGGGCUACUUUAGAUUCGGACGUGCGGGCCAUUUGAGUUUUCUUUGGUGUGGGUUCGUGUGCAAUGCCAUUGUGAGUUCAUGCAUCUUGCUCGGUGGAAGUGCCGUGUUCGCAGCGGUGACGGGGAUAAGUCAAUAUUUCACCUUGUUUUUGGUGCCCUUUGGCUGCGCCGUGUACGUGAGUUUUGGUGGACUAAGAGCAACGUUUAUUUCGGAUGCAAGCCACACGUGCAUCAUCUUGGUGUUUCUUAUAGUUUUCACGUUAAACGUCUAUUUUGUAAAUGACAAAAUCGGCUCACCUCAGAAAAUGUGGGAGUUGUUGCAGUCUUUGCCGCCCGUUGAGAACAACUACCACGGCUCGUACCUUACAUUCAGAUCAGAACAAGGUGCAGUCUUUGCCGUCAUUAGUGUAAUCACCGGUUUCGGACUAGUUGUCAAUGAUCAGGCCUACUUGUCUCGUGCAGUUGCUGCUGACCCAAAAAUCACUUCAAGAGCAUAUUUUUUCGCUUCAAUUUGUUGGUUCGUCAUUCCGUUUGCAAUGGGUGCCACGUUAGGUCUCGCCGCGAGGGCCUUGUCUGUGUAUGCGGAUUUCCCCGAGUUAUCUGCAUUUGAAGUCGGCGAAGGGUUGCCGCCCGUGGCAGCUGCCGUGUAUUUGAUGGGCAAGUCCGGAUCUGCCAUGAUAUUGGUGAUGAUCUUCUUUGCAGUCAUGCUGAGUUUCAGCGGAGAGCUCAUUGCAACCUCCACCUUGCUCUCGUACGAUGUUUACAAGCGGUACAUCAGACCUGAUGCCACGCCCAACCAAGUGGUGAAAGUUGCUAAAAUAACUGUCUUUGGCUGGGCCAUUUUCUCGUCUUGUCUCGCGUCAAUCUUUUAUGGGGCUGCCAAGAUAUCCAUGGGGUGGCUCUUCAACUUUUUAGGGUGCGCGACAGGUGCUGGUGUAUUUCCCAUCGCGUUGUCGUUUGUCUGGAAAGAUCUCAAUAAAAUCGGUGCCGUCGGUGGUUCCAUCGGGGGCAUGGGGAUUGCCAUUAUAGUGUGGCUAGUUAUGUGCAAGGCCUACACGGGAGAAAUCAACGUCACCAAUUUGUCAAACCAAUGGGUAUCGUUUGCCGGUAACGCAACGGCCCUUAUCAUGGGAGGGUUUAUAUCCAUAGUUGCCUCGUUGAUCUGGCCUGCCCAUUUUGAUUUUGAAGAAACGAGAAACAGAACCAUUUUGGUUAAAAAGAAGCUCCCUCAAGUUACCGAAACCAAGGGCAGCGGUAAUGACGACAUCAAAACCGCCUACAGCGAGCCGGAGUCUGAAGACAACAAAAAAUUUGAAAAGCAACAAGUUGAAGAUCAAGAAGUUGAAUCGCUUUCUCACAGUUCUCACAGUUCCGAAUUGGACAUGAACUUGGAGGCAACGAUUGACCACAAACACUUGGAUCAUCAGUUUAAAAAAUACUGCGGCCUAGUGGUUCUUCUUGCGGUUAUCGUGACGUUUGUGAUUCCCAUUCCACUAGGAGCGUCGCCGUACGUUUUCAGCCCCAAAUUCUUGUACGGUGUCGUCAUAAUCAUCGUCCUUUGGUUGUUUUUCUCCUUGUUUUAUGUCGUCAUUUUACCAAUAAUCGAAGCCAGACACAGCAUAUGGAGAAUCAUCAAGAAGCUGGUGAAUCGUGUCGAGAAGGCUCCUGAGCAAUAG